AUGAAUUUCCCUCAUGUUGCUUCGGCCUUAUCCACGAAGCCAAUGAGCACUGAGGGAUUGAUUCGUUGGGGACCCGAUGGAUUCUUUGCAAUUGCAAAUGAACACAUUGUUACGAUAUAUCAACUCCAAAAUAAAGAAAUUGUUUUAUAUCGCACGAUUUCAAGGCAUAAAUCAAAUAUAACUAAAAUUGCGUGGAAUUAUCCAACAGUUGAAGUAUCAAAAUCAGAUGCAUUCAAAUAUUUCUUGGCAGUUGCAGAUGAAACAGGAAACUGCAUUAUCUACGACAUCUUUACAGGACAAAGACACUCCGGCAUAUCCCCUGAUUCUGUUAUUAAUGGUGUACCUAUCCUAGAUAUAUGCUGGAGUUAUUCAGACUCUUCGACAUUUUUUAUCUUAACAGACAAUCCAGCGAUUAUAUGCUUUACGAAUGGAUCUCCAACAAGGAGAAGAUCUUCUUUUGUUGAAGAGUGCCAAAUUCAAAACUUUUCAUUCAAAUCUUUUAAUUUACUCGUAAAUUGGUCUUCUCCACUGAAAAAUCACUAUAAUUUCAUUGUACAAGAUCCAUUCAACGAUCAUAAUUUAAUAUUAGCAUCUCAUUCCUCUCAAUACAUGCUAUUUUCGCUAAAUGAAGCUGAUUCUAAACCAAAAGGUGUCGAUCAAUGCGGCACAUUCCCAUUUACGCCAAUAAAUACGAUCGAAUUCUUUCCUCACGCAAAGAAUAGACUCAUUCUAGGCAAUUCUCAUCAAGUUAUUUUGUAUGAUAUCGAUACAAAAGAAUUAAUCAACAUUUUCUCAAACAAUCUCGAAGAAAUAUGUACAAUUAAUAACAUUUUCAGUCCCCAAUCGCCGAAAUACUUCUGGGGAGCAACAGUUUCAGGAUCAAUCAUCAGAUUCGAGCGUCAAAACGAUUUAUUCGUCCAAAACAGACAGAUACAGCUUCCAGGACACAGACUCUUCUGUAUAGACGUGAAUAGAUACAAUCCUAACCUUGUUUUGUCGUAUUCUCCAAAUGGAAAGAUCUGUGUAAUAAAAGACGAUUUUAAAAUGUUAAAAGUUGAGUCUUCCCUACCUUCUAUCAACAAUGAAACCAUCGUGGCAUGGUGUCUAACUGACGAUGGAUAUAUAUAUUGUACAAAUAACGGUUUUGUCGUUUUUUGCCAGUCAAAUUCUGUCAAAAAUUUCCAAAUUUCUGACAAAAAGAUAAAUUUUGUUGGAUAUCAACGGAAAAACCGCAAAAUCAUCAUCGGCGGACAGUUCCUUUCGUAUAUAGACAUCGAAAAGAACCUAGUCUACAAAGACCAAUUUUAUGAAAAACCGUUUGCCAUUCUAUCGUCCGAAAAUUACAUUUUUGUACAAAAUCUUCCAAAUGUCAUUGAUUUUUUCCAAGGAAAGAAGAAGGAAAACCUCGUUUUCUCAGACAACAUAAAACUUUUCGUUGUCAAUGACAAAGACGAUACACAAAUAGCGGUUUAUCUCAAUUACCAAUCGGUUUAUUUAAUCGACAUCACUAAAAAACAACAGAAAAAAGUCACUUUUUCUGAUUGUUUCGGUGACAUCACUUCAUCAUCGUAUUCCGGAGAUAAAAUUGUCGCUGUCACGAACAGAGGAAUGUUUUACGUCAUUAACACUCAAAAUUUGACAAGUAAAACGGUUUUAUUCAAUGAAAACAAUUUGAAAAGAGUUAAAUUGAAUGGAAACACGUGUAUUGUCAUUGAUGUAAACAACACAGCGAGUUUAGUUGACAUGAAUACUUUGAAUGUCAUCAGUUUCGCAAGAUUUAAUGUUUUGGAAGCUGAUUAUUUCUUGUCGGAUUUCGCAAUGAUACAAACUUCAUUGACAAGUUUGAGAUUUGUCAAAUUACCAACUUUCGAAACUUUUAUUUCUGUCCCCAAUUUUGAAUAUAAUAGUUUACGUGACAGAUUUGUAAACUGUCAAAAUCCGGACGAAAUGUCAGAAAUAAGCGAAAAAAUUGGUGAUUUGAAUUUUAUUAAUUUUGCAAAAACCGUUUUAAGAAAAAGUGACAUUCCUUUGUGUUCACCAUUAAGUUUACCAUGUGAAUUAUAUAGAGAAAAAUACGCAAGUAGUGUAUGUCUCACGAGAACAUCGAAAAUAUUGAACGAUGAAUUCGUUGACUACUUGAUUUUGACAAAAAGAAAUGAUGAAGCAGCAAAUGAACUGUUAAAAAGGAAUUCGGAAAAAGACGCUUUAUUCGCACAUUGUUGUUUGUCGCCAAAUUUGGAAGCAGCAAAAAUAAUCUCUACAAAAAGUGGUUUUUGGAAAUUGGCCGGACGAUUAUUUGCUUUAUCAGGUGACAAAGAUAGUUGUUUGAUUUGUUUCGAAUCAAAUAACGCUAUGAACGAAACAAUUUUGUUCGGAAAGUUUUUGUACGAUGACGAAGAAUUUACAAAAAUUUGUUAUGAUUUAAUUGACAUGUCGACGCCUUUGAGAGAUAUUAUUUUGUCCUUGGCUUUCAUUGGCGAUUCGCAGUCUUUGUUGCCUUGUUUGGCUUCGAUUUCUUGCAUUUCUGCAGGAAGAUUUUGUUUAUUAGCACUCGGAGAUAAAGGAAAAGGAAUUAUUCGAGAGAAGCUGAGAUUAGCUGCUUUCGAAUUGUCUAAAAAACAUGUUAGUAUCGAAUGGGAGAGACUUUCUAAAAGUCCUCCUUUAGAUGACUUAUAA